AUGCUGAGACAAUUGCAACUGCGGUGGAGCGGUCACCUCGUGCAAAUGGACGACGAGAGGCUACUAAAACGACUCUUCUAUGGAGAUUUCGCCACGGGUUCCCGCCGACAAGUAGGUCAAGUCCGAGGCAACAAGAAUAUUCAAAAGACCUCCCUAAGACGCCUGCAGAUCAACCCGGUCAAUUCAGAAGAUCUCGCCCGGGACCGACCAACCUGGCGGACAGCAGUGAAGACCGGUGCGGCAAUCUACGAAGCCACCCGCAUUACUGCAGCUAAAGCCAGACGCGAGGCUCGCAAAUCUCAACUGCACUUACCUCUCAAUGCCAAUGAUCGACCGCCUCCAACAUGCCCACGAUGUUAG